GGCUGUCUGAUGUCAGCUGAGACUCUGAUAAGACGUCCAAUGUUCUCUUUCAAAGUCCAACUGGAACACAGGCUGAGUCCACAAGUUUGAAGACUCGUUGAAAUCACUGGGAUUGACGCUUGGACCUUCAAGAGAAGAGACUUUCUGACGGCCCUGCUCCACUCCACCUGGCCCUAUGACUGGAGGGUUCACCGUAGCUCCAUCCUUUGCUCUCCAGUUCCACAAGAUGGGUUCAUUCAGAAGGCCCCGACCUCGCUUCAUGAGCUCCCCGGUCCUCAGUGACCUGCCGCGGUUCCAGGCAGCCCGGCAGGCUCUGCAGCUCAGCUCCAACUCUGCCUGGAACAGUGUUCAAACAGCAGUGAUAAAUGUGUUCAAAGGGGGAGGCUUGCAGAACAAUGAACUUUACACCCUCAAUGAAAAUAUCAGACGGCUGCUGAAGAGUGAACUGGGAUCCUUCAUCACAGAUUACUUUCAG